AAUCAGACGGAACCUCUCGAGUUUUUCUUCCUCAAACUUCAACUUCAAAGAACUCAUUUUUCGUUUGAAAAAGAUACAGUGAGACUUUGGAAAAUGGCAACGGCGGCAUUUCAGAAUCUUCUGCAAGUGGGAACGAAGAUCGUUGGCGUCGGAAGAAACUACGUUGCUCAUGCCAAAGAACUAGGCAACGCCGUUCCCAAGGAGCCUGUGUUGUUUCUGAAACCGACGUCGUCAUAUUUGGAAGCCGGAGGCACCAUUGAAAUACCUCAUCCACUGGAGUCGCUUCAUCAUGAGGUAGAGCUCGCAGUCGUGAUCAGUAAGAGAGCUCGCGAUGUUCCCCAAUCCACUGCUAUGGAUUACGUUGGAGGCUAUGCUCUUGCACUGGAUAUGACUGCCAGAGAAAUUCAAGCUUCGGCAAAGGCUGCAGGUCUUCCAUGGACAAUUGCUAAAGGCCAGGAUACCUUCACACCAAUCAGUCCUGUUCUGCCCAAAGCAUCAGUACUCGAUCCUGACAACUUAGAACUAUGGUUGAAGGUAGACGAAGAAAUAAGGCAGAAAGGCUCGACCAAGGAUAUGAUAUUUAAGAUCCCAUUUCUCAUCAGCCACAUAAGCUCUUUCAUGACACUUUUUGAAGGGGAUGUUAUACUUACAGGCACUCCCGAAGGUGUUGGUCCAGUAAAAGCAGGCCAAAAGAUUACUGCUGGCAUUACAGACCUUCUCGAUGUCAACUUCAAUGUUGAGAAAAGGAAGAAGCAAUAGAGUUGACCAUGUCUUUUACAUCAUAAAAUGCUGCUAUUUUGUUAGAGCAUUAUAUCUGCUAAAAUUGUUUCAAAACAACUGUACUGUGAAACUCUGCUUCAGUGAAAAAACUAUGCUAGAUUCUAGAUUGUUGCAUAGCAUAACUCAAAUAAGAUGUGGGGGUAAGGUAAGCCUUGCACCCAAUAACAUUGUCUGUAAUUGUAAAAUGGCAAUCCAUCCAUAUGGUUCAAAUUUUCAUUUGGAAGAAAACAAACAGUUCAGUUGAA